CCCUCUCACUGUAUAUGGCGAGACGGUUAGGGAGAGAUUACCCGAGGAGAAUGAGGGAUAUUCUAUAUAGCCAUUUCUUUUUCAUUUAUGGUAGUAGUUGGGGAUUUGGUUUAUGUUGCGAGGCGUUAGAUCUGUUUCUUGUAGCUAAGUUUAUGUUGAUAUCCCGUCUUCUAAGGAAGAAAUGUAUUAUAUGAUUGCAUUAUUGAUUCUCAUUGCAAUCGUUUCUAUCUGUAGUUUUAAACUUGUACUUGUACUAUGUAUGCUUGUAUUGUUGUCACGGCAACGGCGAUCGCGGGCAGUUCAGGGUAGAUCCAUGGUUGGAAAGCCGGCGGGUUUGCGAUCGCGGAGAAAGAAAGCGACGCUUGACAGCUGGAUCCUCAUUUGCCAUCAUCCUAUUACAUCUUUUCCCUAUCUAUCGGUUGGUCUGUUCUGCAUAUCAACGGUCACUAGCUUCCUGUUAUAUUUUUCUGUCUGCGCGGUAAGACAUAACACGCUCCUGCUUAUUGCUCCUUCUCAUUCUUGCGACUUCCCCUUCCUCUUAUCCCGCCGGUCCCCAACUGAACUGAACUGAACUGACGAUUGCUUGAAUUCCGGAAUGUAGGCACACAACCCACUGUCGCGCACGAUUGAACGAACCAGUCUCGAAUAAAUCGAGCCCCUACAUUCCGUUCCUGAGUCGCCAUUGUUUUCGAUAACGA